AUGUGGAGGAUGCGGGAGGAUGGGGAGGGAUGCAGAUGCUGCAGAUGCUGCAGAUGCUCGCCGCUGGCAGGAUUGUCCCCCUCGCCACCAGAGCGUGGUUUUCUCGCCCUGGCUGACCCGCCCAGCUCUCCAGCUCCCUGCCCGCUGCUGGAGCCGAUUAAAGCCUCCCAGCAGAGCCGCCGGGGUGGCACAGGCGACGCUCGGGACGUGUCACAGCAGCUGUCCCCUCCCGGAGCAGGGCUGCUGACAUUUGGGCCGGGCACGCCAGGAAGGCAGGCCGUGCCAAAAGUGCAUUUUCUCUGCUGUCGGGAUUGUUAUGGGUUUAGUUCUUCAAAGAGCAGAGGGGUCGUUGAUUGCUGUAAAGUUGUUUGUUGUAAAGGCCCACCGGUCUCAAGAGGAGAAGAGUCCCAAGUGUUUAAAUUCUGCGUUAAAGAUUUCUGGCAUCAAGUCCCGACUGAAGCAGAAGCAGCUCCCUGGUGCAGGAGGCAGAAGCUGCAGCCUGGUAUCAGGCAACAGCAUAUCAAUGAUGCUCCUUCUACAGGAAGUUUUCCUAAUUGGAGAUCUAUACUAUCACCAACACGGCCUUCCACAGAAACUAAGACUCCCUCAGUAGCUGAUAUUUCUUUGGGACAGACUUUGGAGAACGCGGACUUGCUUCAGAUGAUCAGGACAACGCUGACUGGUGCGCGUGCCAGGACUUUGGAUCAGAUGCACCUGUCACCCUCCCUCUAUCAGGGCAGUGGGAGCAGUGCACCCCAGGAGCCCGCUGAGGUCUCAGCCGAGUCGCCUCUGAGGCCAUCAUCUCAAGAUGCAGAUGACACAACUGCUCUAACAGGUUUGCCUCAGCUUGUGUUAUCUGGAGUAUCUUCUGGUGCAAUACCUACAGUAGAAACUUCAGAAGCAAAACCACUAACAAGAAAAUCAUCUCCAGCUUCACCAGUGCCAGCUUCUUCCUUCUUUUCUUUAGGCACUGAAAACACACCUUUGCCAUCUGUGAUGGCUUUAAGCACACCGAUACCGACACUAACAAAAAAUAUCACUGCCACUAAACUGACACCGGAUCUAAGCUCGGUAGGAACACAGGCAGAUUUUCCUUUUGCAACGAGGAGCACGACCGCGUCACCUCUGGACACGCCAGCUCUGCUCAUAACCCCCAAGAGCAGCACAGCUUCCACACUCGCACCCACAGCUCAUGCACCAAGGCAGAUAGAGACAACAGUAACUGACACCCAGAAGUUCCCGAGCUCAGCCAUCACCAAAAGGCCAACCCCAUACCCACUGACAAUGACAGCAGCUUUGACAUCUGUUGCAGCGUCAGCGAAAACAACUAGGCUUCCCCUUUCUGCAGUGGAACUCAGCCCUGCUCCUCCCGGCAGCGCGGCAGCCGCCGCCUUCGCUAACAUGACGGCAGCUCCCUCCCUGGAAUGCCGGCUCUCUGCCAACAUGAUGGUGAAAACAGUUCUGUUUCUGAACACAAGGAGGAUGAUGAUCAGCAAUGCCUUCAGGGAGAGUGUGAGAAGAGGCCUCAACCAGGUGCUGAGACAAGCUUUCAACCAGAACGUCAGCGCUCAGGUUGAAGUGCUGGAGCAGUCGAGUAACCUCACGGUUGGUUACUAUGUCACACGGGGCAGGCUGGUUUUCACACCGGCUGCUGUCACCGAAACGCUGCUGGCCUAUGGCAUCAGCAAUGCCACGGCAGACAUGAGGCAGCACGUGCCACAUCUGCAGGCCCUGGUGGCCCUGGCCCUGCCCUGGCAGCCCCUGCCUGCCUACCACUUCCAGCUGAAGACAGAGCUGCAGUUUGUGGGCCAAACAGACAAUAUCCAGUCGUGCAAAUUUGUUCAGACCAUGGAGCAGCGGCUCCAGAGAGCAUUUCAGGAUGCUGAAAGAAAGGUCCUAAACACCAGCAACAACUUAACUGUUCAGAUUUUGAACACUUCUAAUGUCUCCCAAGCUGUCACUCUGUUUUAUGUAGUGAAAAAUCAAAGCACAACUCUAAAUGGCACUAUUUCCAGCAACCUUCUUAAUCAGCUGUCAGCUGAGCUGGUGGGUUUCUACCUCACCUACCCACCUCUCACCAUUGCUGAAUCUCUGGAGUAUCCAAACCUUGAUGUCUCAGAAUCAACUAGAGACUACUGGGUGAUAACAGUCAUCCAAGGGGUUGAUAUUGCUCUGCUGGGGCUGAACAACCAGAGCUUUGCCAGGCUGAUGGAGCAGCGCCUGGCCCCGCUGUUCAUGAUGUCCCACCAGCAGGGAAGGCGAUUCCGACGCGCCACCACCGUGGGCAGCUACACUGUGCAGAUGGUAAAAAUUCAACGUAUCCCAGGACCCAAGGAGCCAGCUGAACUUACAUAUUACACUUUAUACAACGGGAAGCCCCUGCUGGGCACUGCAGCUGCCAAAAUUUUGAGCACAGUUGACUCCCAGAGGAUGGCCUUGACACUGGGCUAUGUCAUCCAAGUUCAAGCUGAUCCUGUGGUGAAGAACCCCCCAAACAACCUGUGGAUCAUUGCAGCUGUGCUGGCUCCCAUCGCUGUGGUCACCGUCAUCAUCAUCAUCAUCACCGCGGUGCUGUGCAGGAAGAACAAGAACGACUUCAAACCAGACACCAUGAUGAACCUGCCCCAGAGAGCCAAGCCAGUACAAGGCUUUGACUAUGCCAAGCAACACUUGGGUCAGCAGGGAGCAGAGGAUGAGGUUUUACCUGUGACUCAGGAGACUGUCAUCCUUCCACUUCCAGUCAGAGAUGCUCCUGCCUCCCAGGAGAGAGAAACCACCCAGGAUGGGAGCACCAUCAAAACUGCCAAAUCCAACGAAACCAGGAAAAGCCGGUCCCCGAGUCAGAGCGGCUCCAUCCUCAGCAAUGGGUCGGGGAAGCCCAGCUCCGGCCGGAGCUCCCUGCGCAAGGUGACGGCCCCGCAGAAAGGCGCCAAAGAAGAAGGGAGGAAAAGGAACGGUUUUACAUCUUCAAAGAAAAUUGUGGCUGUGAGUGAUGAAGAGGAAGGAGGGAUUCUCUUUGAUAACGUCGCCAAGUCUGCCGUGGACCCCUUUGACACCUCCUCGGGCUCAGUGCAGCUCAUCGCCAUCAAACCCGUGGCCCUCCCUGCUGUCCACGCUGCUUCAGAGAGGAGCCAGGAGUCUGCCAUCAUCAACGGGGAGGUGAACAAGGCUUUGAAGCAGAAGUCUGAUAUAGAGCACUACCGCAACAAGCUGCGCCUGAAAGCCAAGAGGAAAGGCUACUAUGAUUUCCCACAGGUCGAUAAUAACAAGGCGCUGACAGACAGAAAAAGGAUGUAUGAGAAAAACCAGAAAGAACUUGACCACAUUUUGGAUCCAGAGGCAGAUGUCUCAUCUCUUUUUGCUGAGCCUAAGAACAGGCAGCCACUGAAGAACUCGGUGUACAGAAGCAGGCAGUCCCUGAACAGUCCCAGCCCGGGGGAAACUGAGAUGGAUCUUUUGGUGACUCGAGAAAGGCCUCGACGAGGCAUCCGCAACAGUGGCUAUGAUACGGAGCCCGAAAUUAUCGAGGAAACCAACGUGGACCGCGUCAACGAGCCGCGGAAUUACGGGCGAGCCCGGCAGGCCAAGGGGCACUCGGAGACGUCGACGCUGAGCUCGCAGCCGUCCAUCGACGAGGUGCGGCAGCAGAUGCACAUGCUGCUGGAGGAGGCCUUCAGCCUGGCCUCUGCUGGCCACGGGGGCCAGCCCCGGCAGGACGCCUACGGCUCGGCCCCGCACCUGCCCUACUCCGAGGUGGUGACCAGCGCUCCGGGCACCAUGAGCCGGCCGCGGACGGGCGUGCAGUGGGUGCCCACCUACCGGCCAGAGGUGUACCAGUACAGCUUGCCAAGGCCCGCUUAUAGAUUUUCUCAGCUUCCUGAGAUGGUAAUGGGUUCUCCUCCCCCUCCUGUCCCUCCCAGAACAGGUCCUGUGGCUGUUGCCUCUCUCAGGAGGUCUACAUCAGAUAUUGGCAGCAAAGUGAGAAUACCUGAGUCCAGUGGAGCAGAUCAGGCCCAGCACCAUGACCAGACACCUUUUGCACCUGGUUCGAGAGCUCCCAUGUCUGUUGGUCCGCUCGAUCAAUCAGCUUUUCACUCAGGAAACACGGUCCCAGCAGUGUUUGCCAUUCCAGCAAACCGACCUGGCUUCACGGGCUAUUUUAUCCCAACUCCUCCCACUGCCUACAGGAACCAAGCCUGGAUGCCCUAUGCUGGAGAGAAUGAGUUGCCAGGGCAGUGGGCAGAGUCUGUGCCGCUCCCCGGCUACAUCGAGGCGUACCCCCGGUCCCGGUACCAGCAGAGCUCCCCGUCCCGCCUGCCCCGGCAGUACAGCCAGCAGGGCAGCCUGCACCCCAGCCUGGAGCAGGCUCCGCUGGCCUCCGCCGCCGCCUCCCAGCAGAGCCUGACCGACAACGACCCCUCCGACGCGCCGCUCACCAACAUCUCCACCGCCGCCCUCGUCAAGGCUAUACGAGAAGAAGUGGCCAAGCUGGCCAAGAAGCAAACAGAUAUGUUUGAGUUCCAGGUCUAA